CCCCCACUCCCCCCAACUACCGCAUCGAAACAUAGACCUGUGAAGAAGGCGAAGGCGUCGUCAUCGCCUCUCUUCAUUCUUAGGAGUAUAUAACGAGUAAAAUACAGGAAUGGAGGUGGUGGGGGGUCGCCUGGGCCGCUUGUCGACCCGGUACGCGCCGGCGACGGUCUUCAGCGGCCCGGUGAGGAAGUGGAACAAGAGGUGGAUCCCCCUCUCCGCCCCCAAUAGCAACGCCGCCGCCAACGCCAACGGUGCUCGCUCCAACCUCCUUCUCUACAAGUGGGCUCCCGUCUCCUCCCCGGCCAACGGCACCCCCCAGGCCGAGGAGCCCCCGCCGAAGAAGUUCCGAUACGUUCCGAUCUCGGUAAUUGAAGAACAAAAACAAGAAGCUGCUGAAAAGCUUGAUGACGAGAAUAAACCUGUUGAAGCUGAUCCUUCUUUGCAGCCAAACCAGAUUGAUUCUUCUGAUACAAAACCUGACAUGAAUAACAUUGCAGUGGAAGAAGCCCAGGCUUCAGACAAGGACCAAGUUGCAGCAGAGGAUAGCAACCGAACUAAUUUUGACUUGAAUUUGGGUUUGAAAGCUGCUGAAGGUGACCGGGAAACCAAAUCCAGAAAUGCUGAGCAGGAUGAAGCAGGUGAUCAGCCAGAUAAAGUAAGCUCAGGCAAGAACAUGGAAAUGAAGUCUGCAACAAAUUCAGAACCCCCAAAUAAGCUGAAGAGGAAAGCUGUUGCUGCUGAUCUUAAAACGAGAAUAUUGUUGAAGAAAAAGCAGGAUGCGCUUAACCGGGCCUUGCAGAAGUUGAAAGAAGAAUUAAUGCUUCUUGGAUUUAUCUCCCUUCUGUUAACUGUCUUUCAAAGUCUUAUUAGCAACAUAUGUGUCCCAAAAAGUGUUUCGUCUUAUAUGCUUCCGUGCAAGGUGGAGAAAUCUACCUCAGUGCAAGAAAUCUAUCAUGGUAUGGGCUUCUACUAUGGACAUCGGUGGAACAAACGGAGGCUAUUGUCCAGUGGUUCCAGUUCUGGCUUCUGCUUGAGUAAGGGCAAAGUUCCAUUGUUAUCCCUUGAAGCAUUGCAUCAACUGCACAUCUUCAUCUUUGUUCUUGCCGUUGUCCAUGUCGUGUUCUCUGCUUCUACAAUGGUACUGGGAGGAGCUAAGAUUAGAAAAUGGAAACAUUGGGAGAAUGCAAUUCAGGCAGAAAUUUCCAAGGAAGAAAUUCAGAAGAAAAAUGAAAGUAAAAUAGAGCAAAAUGAAAAGGAACACAAUGACAAGGAAUAUGAUGACAAGAAACAUGAACCUACUGAGCAAGAUGUGCAAACACAUAAUCAUCACCACGAAUUUGUCAAGGAGCGAACCUUGGGUUUUUGGCAACAGCUGGUUGUUGUGAGCUGGAUGAUAUCAUUCUUCAAGCAGUUUUAUUCUUCAGUGUCAAAAUCAGAUUACAGAGCAUUAAGGGCAGGAUUCGUCAUGAGACACUCUUCAAAUAAAGCAUAUGAUUUCCACAAGUAUAUGAUGCGUGCUCUUGAGGAUGAUUUUAAGAAAGUUGUUGGCAUAAGUUGGUAUCUUUGGCUCUUUGUUGUCAUCUUUUUGCUGAUGAAUGUACAUGGAUGGCAUACAUACUUUUGGUUGUCUUUCUUGCCUCUUAUUCUUUUGCUUGUUGUUGGCGCAAAGCUGGAUCACAUCAUAACUAAGCUGGCUCUUGAGCUACAAGAAAAGCCUCGAGGUCCUAAAGGAGAAACACAACAUGUGAAGCUAUCUAACGAGCAUUUUUGGUUCAAGAAACCUGGAAUUGUCCUUUACUUGAUACAGUUCAUCUUAUUCCAGAAUUCUUUUGAGAUUGCCUUUUUCUUCUGGAUCUGGAGCACUUACGGAUUUCACUCAUGUAUCAUGGAAGGUUUGGGUUACCUCAUUCCAAGACUUGUCAUUGGUGUUAUCAUUCAGGUUCUCUGCAGCUAUAGCACUCUUCCUCUGUAUGCCAUUGUCACCCAGAUGGGUGAGGGGUUCAAAGAGUCCAUUUUUAAUGCAACCGUCCAGCAUACACUGCAUGAUUGGGCAACACAAGUUAAAGAAAAAAGGAAGCAUCAAUAUGGUUUUCUGUCAUUUCUGAAUUUUCAUCGAAAGGACAAGAAGAAUAACAAUGAGAUUCAGAUGCAGACCUUGGCAUCCAGAGCCGCUGAAGCAUCUCACGGUAUUCAGCAAUCAGCUUCCUUGCAAGAGAUUGUUGUGGAAGACCUACAUGCUGUCUAGCUCAGCAUCCUUUAAAAUUGAGUCAUCUCAAAUGCCCCAAUUACUUGUCUCGAAUAGGGUGUAGGCCUGCGGAGGAAAAAUUGUCUGCAUUUUCCAUGAUGUUUCUCUUCAAUAACAUGUUUCUUUUGACCACCUGUCAGUCAGAAAUGAUCUAUUGGUACCUGACAAAUAUUGGUUACCAAAUAGUUGGUGGUUAUGACCAAAUGAUCGAAGUCAAGACAUACUGGUUUUGCAAAAAAGCUUACAGCUGGGCUUUCAACAACUACAAUCUUCCCGUUUGAGAGAUACAGCUGGAUUUCUGUCCUGGACUGAAGAAGUGUGUUAUAAAAAACAUGUCUUCUCAUCUUCAUCUCAUAGUUGCAUGGUUUGUAGUUCAUUAGAAGGGACUAAGAGGUAGUUUUCCGAUUCAGAUGAAUGAUAAUGAUUAUGUUAGAUGAGAAAAUCUUGUUCCCUGCAAUCUGUGUUUACUACAUCAGUUUCGUUGCCACUGGUCAUGAAUAGUAAAUGCGCCUUUGAAACUACAUGCAUCUUUUUUC